AUGUGUUAUAAAAAUAAAAAUGCCGAUGAUAAAACCGAAACUCAAGAUAGCGAAAAAGUACUUUCAAAUCAAAUUAAAUACUCCCCAGUAUUUUUACAGACACUUAUUGUGGGGAUAAAAGGAGGUGAUUUAAAGGGCUAUUGCCGUUUACUGAUCGAUACUGGUAGUCAAAACAGUUAUAUCUCCCAGUAUGCCGCAAAAAGGUUAAAAUUAAAGAAGAUAAAUUCCGAAGUUGUUAAGCAUGGACUGUUUGGAGGUGUAGAGAAAUCAGAGCUACACAAUCGUUAUCAAUUGAACAUUAGUAGCUUCGAGGGAAAUUUUAGUUUUGAUAUUGAGGUCCUAGAUGAAAAGAAAAUCUGCUCUUCUGUCCCAAGGGUUCAAGAUGAAAAUUUAAUUGGUCUUUUAAGAAAUAAAGGGAUAAUUUUAAGUGACAUUCAGGAAAAUGAAAAUCGAUGUUUGUUCCAAGAUAGCCCGGAUGAAAUUCAUAUACUUUUGGGGGCAGAUAAUGUUGCACAGCUGUUCACUGAAAGAAUAGAGCAUUUCCCAGAUAUUGGCAUAGCAGCAUUUGAGACUAAGAUAGGCUGGACAUUAAUGGGGAAAAGAAGUGACACUGAUAUUUCGGAUAGCACAUUUUCAGGCCUCUCCUUAUCUUUACAUGUUUCUGACGCGAAAUUGUCGGAAUUAUGGCGUUUAGACACAAUAGGCAUUUCUAGUGAGGAAAACAAAACUAAAAGUAUGUUAGAAGAAGAGACCCAAAAACAUUUCUUAGAAACUGUAAAACGAGACAAUACCGGAAGGUAUGAAGUGUCUUUGCCCUGGAUUACUGACAGUUCUGUUUUGCCAAAUAUAGAAAAGGCUUUCUGCCAAAUAAAAAUCGCAGACAAAGAUCGUGACUUUUUAAGAUUCUUGUGGUUCGACUCAGACAAGAAUUUAAAGAUAUACAGGCACAACCGCGUUGUGUUUGGACUUACAUCCAGUCCUUUUCUGCUAGCAGCGACUUUAAAUCAUCUGCUGAAUGCUGUUCCCGGACAUUUAAGUGAAACUUCACGGAUUUUAAAAGACUCUUUUUAUAUUGACAAUUCUCUGACUUGGAUUCAAAAAAUAAAGUGGGAUCAACAACUUCCUCCAAAUUUGAGUAAACAAUUCAGCACUUGGAUUAAGAAAUUAGAUUUACUACCGAAAAUAGGAAUUCCUCGUUGGCUCAAUAUAGAUUACCAAAAUGAAUACACUACAACACUACAUAUUUUUACUGAUGCGAGUAAACAAGCUUUUGCCACUUGUGCAUUUUUGAGAACUGAAAAUAAAGGUGUUCACGUACAGCUAGUAAAUGCUAGAAGCCGAGUUGCACCGAUUAAAGAAAUAACAAUACCACGACUAGAACUCCUAUCAUGUCUGAUUGGAGCCAGACUUGCUAAAACCAUCUUAACAGACUUAAGACUUGAGUAUUGUAGAACAAUAUUCUGGAGUGACUCAUCCACAGCUCUAGGAUGGAUAAGACGAGAUCAAACGUGGGGAACAUUUGUUCACAAUAGAGUCCAGGAAAUAAGAACUUCAACGAAAAUUUCUGAUUGGAAGCACGUGCCAGGAAAGUACAACCCUGCGGACCUGCCUUCCCGUGGAUGUUCUUUUGAGCAGUUAUUGGAAUCAAGAUGGUGGGAGGGCCCCAUAUGGCUCUAUCUACCAGAAAAAGAAUGGCCUCAUGCUGAAGAACAGCCCGAUGAAGAUGUUCUAAAUAAAGAAAAAAGGAAAACAGUUUUGAGCCUCUUAGACAAAGAACAUAAGCCUGACUGGUACUACCACUAUUUCUCUUCAUACCGGAAAAUAGUGAGAAUGAUAGCCUGGAUAUUGCGACUGCUUUACAACUGUAGAAAUUCUGAAAAAAAUUUAUCCUCAGAACUUUCAGUUGAUGAAUUGGAGAAAGCAGAAAGAAGACUUUUCAAGCUCAUCCAAAAAGAAUCCUUCACUGGCACACAAGAUCCAUCCAUCAAAGCAUUAAGACCUAUUGAAGACGAAAAUGGUCUAUUUAGAGCAAAAACGAGUAUUAUACAACGAAAAGAUGAAAAGAACUUUCUUUAUCCUGUCAUCCUACCAUCAAGUCAUCCAGUAGUACAAAGACUGAUUCUCGAGAAACAUCUAGAAAAACAUCACGCUGGAGUCAGCAUGUUAAUGGCUCACCUUAAAGAAAAUGUUUGGAUAUUGAAGUCUAGGAAGACCAUAAGAAAUGUCAUCCGAAAAUGCAUCAAAUGUAAGAGAUUUCAAGCACACAGAAUUGAGAUUGAACCAGGCAUACCACCUGAAGACAGAGUUAAAGAGGCAGCGAUAUUUGAGAUUAUUGGAGUAGAUCUUGCAGGCCCUCUCUAUCUCUCAAAUAAAUCUAAAGCCUGGAUUGUAUUGUACACUUGCGCCGUCUAUCGCGCAAUUCAUCUGGAACUUGUGACUUCACUAUCAACCGAAACUUUCCUUCUAUCAUUAAGGCGAUUCAUUUCGAGACGUGUCAGACCUUACGUUAUUUAUUGUGAUAACGGUACUAGUUUUGUUGGUGCCAACAAACUUCUAGAAAAGUUAAAUUGGAAAGAAAUAAGUGCUGCUACAUCCGCACAAAAGAUCCGAUUCAAGUUCAAUCCACCUACUGCUGCGUGGUGGGAGAGACUAGUACGUAUGGUCAAAGAAAUCUUAAGAAAAGUACUAGGUCGCACCUCUUUGAAUUAUGAAGAGCUGAACACAAUUCUUUGUGACUGUGAGCAAGUUAUCAAUUCCCGUCCAAUCACCUAUGUUUCUGAAGAUAACAAAGAUCCAUCCCCCUUGACACCCAUGAUGUUUUUGCAAGAUUUGCCUUCCUCUGGAGUUCCUGAUAUCGACAACAUUGAUUCCAAAGGAUUAAAUAAGAGAGCCAAAUAUCGGCAGGGAAUUAGAGAUGAUCUUCGAAGAAGAUGUCGAAUUGAGUACUUAGGACAGCUACGGUAUCAAGCCUCAAGAGUCAACAAGAUUGAUCAACUUACAGUUGGCGACGUAGUUUUAAUUGAAGACAUCAACAAGCGUCGAAUCCAUUGGCCAUUAACGAAGAUCAUUGAACUGUUGCCUGGAAAAGACAAAGUUGUGAGACUUGCCAAAGUUAAAACUGAAAAUGGAACAUUUCUAAGACCUUUACAACGCUUGUUUCCUCUUGAGAUAAGUGAACCGAACACUAAUCCAUUUCUCUUUCCAGCUUCUUCCUUUACAGAUUCUCCUAGCAGUUCCUCUGAAUCUAUGCAACCUGCAGCCAGUGUAUCCAGAGCCUUACCCUAUGUAUCCAGAUACGGCAGAACCAUCAGACCCAUUGAAAAAUAA